CAUCAGAGAGCUCGGAGAGAUCUUGCUAAAAGCAGAAAACUCAAAACAACACAGUCAUCCACAGUUAUCGGUUUUAAUCCACAGCUUGAUAAGACAGUCAGUGUGCUUACGGAGAUCGAACAAAGUGAAUCGUAUCAUCAAUCGUGGCGCUUAGCUGCGGCCAUCAAGUGCAAAGUAGUGCAAUUCAAACAUGUUGGAGUUAAUCACUAUACUGUACGGCAUUCUGGCAUUUAUCGUAUUUGCCCCGUUCCUGCAAUGGCUGGUCAAGCGGGUCCAGUUGGUACAGAUCAUUAACAAAAUUCCUGGACCAAAGGCAUAUCCACUGAUCGGAACGACAUACCUGUUUUACGGCAAAAAACUACAUGAAAUCUUCUACGUGAUUGACGAACGUACCCGGCGCUUUCCGGAUAUCCAUCGCAUAUGGACUGGAACGAAUCCGGAGGUGAGAAUUUCCAAAGCGGAAUACGUAGAAGCGAUAAUCGGUGCCAGUAAACACAUCGAAAAGUCAAACGGUUAUAAUUUCCUGAUGGACUGGCUUGGCGAAGGAUUACUAACAUCGAAAGGUGAACGUUGGUUCCAGCACCGCAGACUCAUAACACCCACCUUUCACUUCAAUAUCCUGGAUGGAUUCUGCGAUGUGUUUGCGGAGCACGGAACAGUCCUGGUCAACUGCCUGGAGCCGUACGCGGACACAGGCAAACCGGUCAAUGUCUUUCCAUUCAUCACGAAGGCCGCGUUGGACAUCAUCUGCGAAACUGCCAUGGGCGUAAAGGUUAACGCACAGACGGCCGGAGAGAACGAAUAUGCUAAGGCAAUUUAUGACAUUAGUGAACUUUUCCUUCAAAGAAUAAUUCGUCCAUGGCUUUAUCCAAACUUUAUGUUCAAACUAUCGAAAUACGGUCGAAAGCAUAAAAAAGUUUUGGAUAUCAUUCAUGGAUAUACUAAAAAAGUCAUACGGGAUCGAAAGGAAGCUCUACUGCGGAAGCGUACCAUCGCCGGAAACGGAGCAUCCCCGGCGGAAGUCACCGAAGACAUCUACGGCGCGAAAAAGCGGCUGGCUUUCCUCGAUCUGCUCCUGCAGGGAAAUGAAAAAAAUAAUCAACUUACAGAUGACGAUGUUCGCGAGGAAGUCGACACGUUCAUGUUUGAGGGUCACGAUACCACGACGGCCGGCAUGAGUUGGGCACUGUUUCUCCUCGGAUUGCAUCCGGACGUGCAAGAUAAAGUGCACCAGGAAAUUGAUUCGAUUUUCGCCGGCUCGGACCGACCGGCUACGAUGAAAGACCUGAACGAGAUGAAACUGCUGGAACGCUGCCUAAAGGAAACGCUUCGACUCUAUCCAUCCGUGUCGUUCUUUGGGCGAACGUUGAGCGAGGACGUCACAAUCGGUGGGUACCACAUCCCGGCCCGAACCCUGAUCGGCAUUCAAGCGUACCACGUGCACCGCGAUGAAAGAUUUUUCCCAGAUCCUGAGAAAUUCGAUCCCGAUCGUUUCCUGCCGGAAAACUCGGAAUCCCGCCAUCCAUUUGCUUAUAUCCCCUUCAGUGCUGGACCACGCAACUGCAUCGGGCAAAAGUUUGCCUUGCUCGAGGAGAAAAGCGUUGUUUCAUCUGUGCUGCGAAAGUUCAAAAUACGUGCUGCAAAUACCAGAGAAGAGCAAAAGAUCAAUCAUGAGCUUAUCACACGGCCGAAGGACGGAAUCAAACUGUUCCUAGAGAAGCGUGCCUGAAGGGUAGUCCGAAAUCAUUCCGAAGCUUGAUUUGGCCUGCUGAUGCUUGUCGUGUAGCACAUGUUAGCUUUGUUUAAAAUAUUUUUUUUAAAUCCCUUUUUACUUACUUGUGAAGCAAAACACAAUAAAUCAUUACUAAUAACUCUAACCACAAAUUA